UAUUCAGUGUCGGCAUAACACAACAGCGGUACCUCAGGCUGCGCUCCUUCAUCCCGUUUCCCCUUCUCUGUCCGCCGCGUCAACACCGAGUCUUCUCCCCCUGCCAUGCUCCGGGUCACCUCGCUGCUGCCCGCCCUGCUGUUCGUUCUCCUGCCGGGCCCGAGCCGGGGUUAUUUCCCCGAGGAGCGCUGGAGCCCCGAGUCUCCGCUCCUCGCUCCCCGGGUUGUCAUCGCGCUGGUCUGCCGCAACUCGGCGCAUUCUCUGCCGCUGUUCCUGGGGACCAUCGAGCGGCUCAACUACCCCAAGGACCGCAUUGCGUUGUGGGUGGCGACAGAUCACAAUAUAGAUAACACCACAGCCAUCCUGAGAGACUGGCUCAUCAAGGUGCAGAAUUACUAUCACUAUGUGGAAUGGAGACCCGAUGAAGAAAGCAGUGCUUUUGAAGAUGAAAUGGGGCCCAAGCACUGGAAUAAUCUCCGUUAUGAACAUGUGAUGAAGCUCCGUCAGGCUGCUUUGGACACCGCCCGUGAGAUCUGGGCUGAUUACUUCCUGGUGGUCGACUGUGACAACCUGCUCACCAAUCAGGAUGUGCUGUGGAAGCUGAUGAGAGAGAACAAAACCAUCGUAGCCCCCAUGCUGGAGUCCAGAGCUGCAUAUUCCAACUUCUGGUGUGGCAUGACCUCACAGGGUUAUUACAAGAGGACUCCGGCCUACAUGCCCAUCCGUAAGCAGGAGCGACGCGGCUGCUUUCCCGUGCCGAUGGUUCACUCUACUUACCUUUUGGACCUACGGAAAGAGGCCUCUCGUCAGCUGGCUUUUUAUCCACCUCACCCUGAGUACAGCUGGGCAUUGGAUGAUGUUAUAGUCUUUGCCUACUCGGCUCGAAUGGCAGAUGUCCAGAUGUAUGUGUGCAACAAGGAAACAUACGGUUACUUCCCGGUCCCAAUGCGCUCCCAUGCUACGUUGCAGGAUGAGGCAGAGAGCUUCUUGCACAGUCAGCUGGAGGUCAUGGUGAAAAAUCCUCCGUUGGAGCCUUCGAGCUUCCUGUCUGUUCCUCCCAAGCAGCCUGACAAGAUGGGCUUUGAUGAGGUGUUUAUGAUAAAUCUGGUGCGGAGAACUGACCGUCGUGAGCGAAUGCUAAGAACGCUGUACGAACAGGAGCUCAGCUGUAAGGUUGUUGCUGCCGUGGAUGGCAAAGCGCUGAACACCACGGAUAUAGAGUCCAUGGGGAUUAUGAUGCUGCCAGGGUACAAAGACCCUUAUCAUGGUCGACCACUCACCAAGGGUGAACUGGGUUGUUUUCUUUCUCAUUACAACAUCUGGAAAGAGAUUGUGGAUCGUGGUCUGCAGACGUCCCUGGUCAUAGAGGACGACCUCCGCUUUGAGGUGUUCUUCAAACGACGUCUCCAGGCGCUGCUGCAGGAAGUGACAACACACAAGCUGGACUGGGAUCUCAUUUACAUUGGGCGGAAGCGGAUGCAGAUUGACCAUCCAGAGAAGUCAGUCCCAAACAUCCGCAAUCUGGUGGAGUCGGACUACUCCUACUGGACGCUAGGCUACAUGCUGUCAUUACAGGGAGCACAAAAACUCCUCAGGGCCGAGCCUCUGACCAAGAUGCUUCCUGUGGACGAGUUCCUUCCUGUCAUGUACAACAAACAUCCAGUCUCCGAGUACAUGGACCACUUUGAACGUCGGGACCUGCGUGCCUUUUCCGCCGAGCCGCUUCUGGUGUACCCGACCCAUUACACGGGAGACACCGGCUACAUCAGCGACACAGAAACGUCGGUGGUGUGGGACAACGAGACGGUCAAAACCGACUGGGACAGAGCCAAAUCGAGAAAAACCAAAGAGCAGGAGGAGCUGAGCUUUGAGGCGCAGAAUUCUGAUGUGUUACAGUCCGAACUGGAGAACUGGAGCAAACGAGACGAGCUGUGAUGAUGAACGGGCACAAGGAGGAGUGGCCAUGGCAUCAAAUACAGAGAUAAAGACGAGGGAGACAGAACAAAGCUGUGAUAGAGGGGCAGGGAUGGAGGAAAAUGCUUUUCUUUGUGCUUUUCUCUCUCCACUAUUUGAUCUUUCUCUUAAGAGAGGAGGUUAGAUGUAGAGUUAACUCUUGAAGAGUCAGCUAGCAGCGUUUGUUUUAUUUAUUGCAUCUAACGCAGAUCCCUUGACGACAGCCUGGUCCAUUCACAUUUCCUUUAUGUUCAUGAUAUUUUAGCCAAAACUCAUUCCCAUUC